AUGUCGCAAAGAGCCCCAAUGUUACAUCCUCUAAGACCUCGACCCUCCCACUUCAAUGCAUUAAACAGAGAGGAAGGAACCCCGGCUCCUCCGCCGUAUGAGUUAUCUAGUCACAAGAACCCCUCGUUGGACAUUUCUCAACGCAUUGAGAGAAAGCUAGCCGAAUACAACGCUUCUCAAAAUGUCUUCAAGCGUUGGCUCUUCGAAAUCAUUAGCUUGAUUACAAGUGCAGCUUGUAUGGCAGCGAUAAUCGGCAUUUGUUUGUAUUCCAGGAAUCAACCACUUAGUAAAUGGCCACUCGCUCUUACUAUCAACAACGUGCUUUCCAAAAUCGCCUCUGCUGCUCUCAUCCUGCCAAUAUCAGAAGCCAUUGGGCAGUUGAAAUGGACAUGGUUUCACGGAGCGAAGUCGAAGGAGAUCAUUGAUUUCGAAAUCUUCGACAAAGCGUCUCGUGGAGCAUGGGGAUCUUUUCUGCUUCUCUUCCGCACGAAAGGCAGAUCAUUAGCAGCAUUAGGGGCUAUUUUAACCCUCCUCUUGCUUGCUACUGAUACGUUCUUCGCACAAGUUACGGAUUUGCCAGAACGUUGGGCACUGAAGGGAUUUGGCGAGAUUCCUCGUCUAGUUCGAUAUGAAGGUGACAAUGGGGACCUAUAUGAAGACGGAAUGCCAAAAUCCAUGGAAGACAUCAACCUCAGGCAAGCCACACUCAAGUAUUUCUAUUACAACGGCAACCAAGCUAUUGCUUUUGGCAAUGGAACAAGGCCAGAAAUCCCACUUUCAUGUCCAUCCAGCCGGUGUGAGUGGGAUGCCUAUGAUUCUCUUGGAGUCUGUAGCGCCUGCGCGGACGUUUCCCAGCUUCUCACAUAUGCCUGCCUCACAACGAGACUGGACUGGAUCUCUAGCGUUUACUUCAACCAGAGUACACAACCAAUUGGGACUGCUUGUGGAUAUUGGCUGAAUGCUACGAGCGAUGAGCCACUGCUUAUGUCCGGUUAUAGAGUCGACCCCACUAACAACGCUUCAACAGAUGGCGAAGCUCUCCUUCUACGGACGCUACCACUUACAGCACCAAUGGUUUCGGUAGUACCGUUUUCAGCAACACCUCGAUAUAGCGGCUCCAUUAAUUUCAAAGAUAUCUACUUUCCUUUUCUCGAUGCUCUAAUCGUUAGUGCAGCCGACGGGACUGCUGCCAGUGUAUAUGGAAGGGAGCGCCCAGUUGCCCAAGAAUGCAUGCUAUCUUGGUGUGUAAAGACCUUCAAAUCGUCUUAUGCUUGGGGCAACUACCAAGAGUCGGUAACCGAAACUUAUCUAAACACCACACGCCGCCAACAGCCAUACCCCUGGGAAGUUAUCCCGAUUCGAUCUUUAGGCGAAGAUGCUUUCUUCACCUUCUUCCAUGGGAAUAUCAGCAUUCAGCCACCAUCGACAAACCGUACUACUACCGAUUACGGCGUGUCGAACGAGACAUUUGCAAGAACUCAAACACUAUUUGAUGAGAUAUUUCCUUCUUCUAUGACAGCAGAGAAUGCUACAGCGAAACCAUGGUGGCGUGUUAGGAUUUACGCUUGGAGUCGCAACCAGCUCCGUCCCGUUACGACUUGUCCAUGGCUCGCACCACAUAACGUCACCGAAUACUUGGAACGACUCGCUACUUCCAUGACAAAUGUCCUGAGAACACAUAAUAGCCACAACUUUGUUCGAGGGCGAGCAUAUACCCAGACUACCUUUAUUGCAGUCCAUUGGGAAUGGUUAUCGUUCCCGCUUGCUUUGCUCUUCCUCAGCUUUGCAUUCUUGGUAGCGACUAUGAUCAAGACUUCAAAGGGCAUGGACGGAGAAAUGAGCAUGUGGAAAACGUCAGCAAUGCCUGCAUUGAUCUACAGCUUACCAAAAGAUACACAGAAGGAGUUCGCUUCGCCGAGCAGUUGGAAAAAUGGCCCCGAUAGAAAGGCCAAAAAGAUAAAGAUUAGACUACUUCCUAGACAAGGUUGGAGAGUGUCUGGUCAAGUGUGUACGUCACCGACACUUAUCACACAUAACAAUCAUCGAGCACCCCCUGGUUGGAUAUAG